GCAUUAAUAGCACGCCUCCGAAAGUCUCUGUGCAAUGAUAAUGGUGCAGGAAGCUCACGGUCCCUAGUACAUGGCCCGCUGAAGCCGCACCUUACUUUGGAGUGUCAUAACAUGAAUCGAUUACACUAUGCUACCCUCACUUCUCGGAGCUGCUCGUUCUUCGAGCAAAGGCUACGCUGCCCGACGCUGGCUAUCCAAGAGCAAGUCAGAUGCUACACGAGCAAUCCCUCCGCACGACGAGCAGGCGGUUGCAAGAAGUCGUGUUGACCGGUUCAUACACCGCACACCCCGAUUCCUGCACCCUACGCUCAAUGGACUACGACAAGCUCCGGUGUCUCACGUUGCGGCCUUCCUCAUACUGCAUGAAAUCACUGCCAUUGUUCCUCUAUUUGGUCUCGCCGGAGCCUUUCAUUAUUGGCAUUGGCUGCCACCUUACUUCGCAGAAGGAGCUUGGAUCUCGGCGGGGGUAGAGAAAUUUGGUCGUUACUUUCGAAAGAAGGGAUGGAUCAGCGAAAGUGACGAGCGCGAGGUGGAGGAACAAACAAAAGAAGGCAAGGCACAAAAAUUUGAGAACAAGAAUGUGUCAAGAUGGUUUGAUCGAGGGGAGAGUGCUACCAGAUGGGUCGUUGAAUUUGCUACUGCCUAUGCUGUGGUCAAGGCCCUGUUGCCGGCGCGCAUAUUGGUGAGCGUAUGGGGCUCUCCUUGGUUUGCAAGAUUCGCCGUCAUUCCAAUUGGAAAUGCUACAAGAUCGUUGUUUCGAAGAAACAAAACCUGAGAGGUGCCUUUGAUACGGCUAAGGUGGUCCCCGGACUCACCAAAGCCUGGGGCUAAAUGAAUGGGCGCAGGUCGUCAUCAUCAUCAUCAUCAUUGUGUUAAUCUAUCCGCUAUUUCAUGCGUCUGGAUGUGGCGAUGGCUGACGGAGCAGAAGGCACGUAUGCUAGCCGCAGGUCGAUUCUUCCCGGUCAUGUUAUUGUGGACCAUCUAUGGCUUCUCGUAGAUCCAGUCGAAUUGAGCAGACUUCCAGCUCUGGACCUCCUCCGGCUUGAACCACAAAGCAAUUUCUUUCUUUGCGCUCUCAACGCCGUCAGAGCCGUGGCAGACAUUGCGGCCGACGUCGAUGGCAUAGUCACCACGGAUAGUGCCGGGGGCAGAGGCAAGAGGGUUGGUGGCACCGAGGAUGGCUGGCAGAUCUUGCAAGCAUCACGGCCUUCCCAGACCAUAGCCACGAUGGGACCGCUCAGCAUGUCUGAAUAUCUCGUCAGCAACGGUUGCGCUUCUCACAAGCUCCUGCAUACAUGUAACGAGACCCUUGAAGAACGGCUUCGAGGAGAGAUCUUCGUAGUGCUUCUCAAGAUGUUCCUUGGAAGGAGAGACCAUCUUCAAGGCUACCAAUUUGUAUCUUCA